UGUGUCAUUUGGGCUAUAGGGGUUUUAUCUAGCUAGCUAUCUAGGCAACUAAAGUUGUACGGUGUGUGCUUAAAAGUCUUCAAAGUUUGAUUGAAAUUUUUGAAAUAUGGGAGUUUCUCCACAAUCCCUCCUUGUUUCCCUUGAUCUGAAGGGUCUGCUUCAAGGAAAUGAUCAUGAGCAAAGUUGCAGUGCAAAAGGGUCUUUGUGUAGCAAACAUAUGGGAGCCCAAGCCAACAAGAGAAGUUGGCAAAUGAAGAAGCAAAGGGUUAUGAGGAAAAAUGGAGGAGGACAUGUUAAGAGCAAGAGGGCAACGGGGAUUUUGAUGAAGAGGGUGGCACGUCUAGGUUCAAAAAAGCCGGCGAAUGGGAUUGUGAGAAGGGUUAGAACCUUGAAGAGGCUCAUUCCGAACAGUGAGUCCAUGGGCUUGGAUGGGCUCUUUCAAGAGACAGCUGAUUACAUUUUGUCUUUACAAAUGAGAGUGAGAGCCAUGCAGGUUAUGGUUAAUGUAUUGGGAGGUUCUGAUGAGUGAUCUAUUCAUUUGUAAAGGCUGUAAUCAUCAUUCUUUUCUUCUUCUUCCUCUUCUCUUCUUCUUCAUCUUCUUCUUCUUUUUCUUUUAUUUUUUUUAUUAUUUAUUUUUACUUCUUUUCUAUUAUGCUUUGUCUUUUCAUGUGGUUCAUAGACAUAGAAGCUUGAGUGUUGAUGUUGUCUAGGUUUAUUAACAACAGCUUGGUCAUUAUAUUUGGUCAUGAAAAGUGACAUUGGGAUGAACAAGUGAUCAGUUAGUGAAAUUCAUAUUUUUAUUCUUCA